AUGGAAUGGUUGAGUGCUUUGUCUUGGUCCUGGCACGUGAAUGAUUUUUUUGGCUCAAUUAGGUUAAGUGCAGGUUCUCGGAAGGAGAGUUCAAAAUCAAGUAAAAAGGGACCAUCCAAGAAGAAAUCUGGCAAGACCGUUGAUCCUCUUGUGCCAGAAUUCAGUAUAAACGAUACAGAGGAGUGUGUUGAAGUUUCAUUCCUGGUUUGGCCUAAUGAGGAUAAGCUCCAUCCAUAUCCUGCAUUGCAAUUUGUGAAAUUAGGUGCCGAGUUUAAUGAUGAAAAGCCACUACUAGUUUCACAAAUGAGCCUGGAGAAACCUUUGGUCAGUCUGGCAGCUUUUGUUGCCGCUACGCUUACGGGGAAUGCUGGUGUUCCUAUAGCUGUGGAUACGAGGAAAAAACAAACUGGUGAAGUGGGGGUUAUCUGCUAUCCUCUGUGUUGCCUGCAUAUUGGUUGGAUCUAUGGUUCUGUUACAGAAGAUACUAUUACAGGAUUCAAAAUGCAUGCCUAUGAUCGUCCGAAUCAAGUGCUUCGGCGGGCCCUUGGUUCUGUGGAAAUUCUUUUAAGUAUGCAUUGCCAUAUCUCGUACGGUUACGGUAGUAGGCUGAAGUAG